CUUCUAUCUAGCUCUAUGAAGCUCAAUGAAAAUUUAUCAGAAAUUCUAAAUAAUUGAUUUAAUCAGUUUUAAUUUAAGUAAUAUAGACUAUUUUUGUAUAAAAUGGAAACAGAAGUGAGAAACAAUCCAAAUUCCACCGAGGAAAUUGAUGAUAGAAUUGAAAUAGCUGAAGACUUCAAAAACCAAGCAAAUGAUCACUUCAAAAAGCAAGACUAUGAUUCUGCUAUUACAUUCUACUCAAAAGCAAUUGAAGCAAAUCCAAAAUCAGCCGUUUAUUACGGAAAUCGUAGUUUUGCCUAUUUGAAAUUGGAAUGGUUCGGAUACGCAUUAGAAGAUGCAACAAAAGCAAUCGAAUUGGACAAAAAUUAUAUAAAAGGUUACUAUAGAAGAGCCUCGGCCAAAAUGUCUUUAGGUAAAUUUAAGGAAGCAUUAAAGGAUUUUGAAUUAGUAACUAAAAUAAGACCGAAUGAUAAAGAUGCAAAGUUAAAAUUCAAGGAAUGUGAUAAAAUUGUUAGGAAAAUAGCCUUUGAAAAAGCAAUAGCUGUAGAAGAUAUGAAACAGAAUAUUGCAGAUACAAUCAAUUUGGAAGCAAUGACUAUAGAAAAUGACUACAAAGGACCCCAGAUAGAAGAUGGUAAAAUAACUUUAGAAUUUAUGAAGGAAUUGAUGGACUUGUAUAAAAAGCAAGGCAAGUUACAUAGGAAAUAUGCUUUUAAGAUUUUAUUAGAUAUCAAGACAUAUUUGAUGUCUCAACCUUCACUAGUUGAUGUUGCAAUUGAACCAAAUAAAAAAUUCACAGUUUGUGGUGAUAUUCAUGGACAAUUUUAUGACCUCAUGAAUAUAUUUGAGUUGAAUGGCCUACCUUCAGAAUCAAAUCCUUAUUUAUUCAAUGGAGACUUUGUUGAUCGAGGUUCUUUUUCAGUUGAGUGUAUCUUUACACUAUUUGGUUUCAAAUUACUAUAUCCUAACCACUUCUUCAUGUCCAGAGGUAAUCAUGAAAGUUCAACAAUGAAUGAAAUGUACGGUUUUCAUGGUGAGGUGAAAUCUAAGUAUUCUGCCAGAAUGUCUGAAUUUUUCAAUGAAGUAUACAAUUGGUUACCACUGGCUCAUUGUCUGAACAAGAAGAUUCUGGUGAUGCAUGGAGGUCUAUUCUCAAAAGAUGGGGUAACCUUAGAUGAUAUUCGUGAAAUAGAUCGUAAUAGGCAGCCCCCAGAUGAGGGUCCUAUGUGUGAUUUAUUAUGGUCAGAUCCACAACAUCAAAGUGGAAGGGCUCCUAGUAGAAGAGGUGUUGGCUGUCAGUUUGGACCAGACAUAACUGAAGCUUUCUUGAAAGAAAAUCAACUGGAAUAUAUAAUCAGGAGUCAUGAAGUUAAACAUGAAGGAUAUGAAGUUGCGCAUAAUGGAAAAUGCAUAACAGUAUUUUCUGCUCCUAACUAUUGUGAUACUAUGGCUAAUAAAGGUGCAUUCAUCAUUCUAAAUGGAAGUGACUUAACGCCAAAAUUCGUGACAUACGAAGCUGUGCCUCAUCCAGAUGUGAAAGCAAUGGCAUACGCUGAUGCCUUUUACUGUAUAUGAACAUCUUGAAAAGGCUGUUUCGCUGUUCAUACUACCAGUAGUACCUGUUAGGUUCAGUAACUUUUAAUUUACCACUUUCAAUAUGCUAAACAAAACAUCUGAUCAAACUCAAUCUUUUAAUAUUUAUUAGUAAAUUUCUAGAAUACAAUGUUUUUUUGUAUGAUGAAAUAAAUUUUCAUAGUAUUUUACCAAUUAACUCACCAUUCUGAUGAAAGGAAAAUCAAGUUUUGGAUUGUGAACAGAUUUAAUUGAAGAGUUUCUUCAUUCAGAGCUAUUAUUAUGUUAUAGCAAUUGCUGAACAAUUGAAUCAAUAAAAAAUUUUGAUUAUUAGUUA